GCACGUCCGUGAAGGCUUGAGGUUCAAGUUGAGUUUCACACGUUGUACAUAAGUUUUUCAGGCUAGGCCAUCAGUGAUAACAAGAUGAGUGGAGGAAAAGACGUGGCCUCUAAUCCCUUUGCUGCAUUAUUUUCUCCUGUUCCACAAACACAGCCACUGAAUGCUGAGAUUACCCUGAGUAGGGGUAAAACACAGAAAUGUGAUACUUCAGGUGUCAGCACGAAUCCUUCCUCAAGCACUGAAACCACCUUGAAAUCAGAAAGUACCAUCAGCAGUUUGGCCGAAGAAAAACUAGAUAUUGACAGAUUACUGGAAAGGAUAUUUUUGGUCACCCUUGAUAAAGAAACAGGAACAGACUUGAGUCGUCCCAUCAGGUGUGUGUUUCUGGGAGAUGUUCUGGAUUUUCAAGAGGAGCAGACAUGGCUAGAAAUAGACAAGGUAGAUCAGAUCGUGUUUGGUCGACUGAUGUUGGAGGACCCAGGUCAACAUGUUGUGGUCACUCGAAAGGGUUCAGACAGUGGGUCAGAAUUGAGAGAGGCCAGUUUGGCAGGGGAGACAGAGGUGCUUCGCUAUCUCUUUACAUCCUACCAGAGACUCAAAGAGAUUUCUCUGGAAACUAAGGUAGCGAAGUACACCUGUCAUUUGCAAAAGUGUGAAGAUGUGAUACUCAUGAAUGCCAAGACCUGUUUACAGCACCCUGUAUUGUUCCCUGGACAGCAGUUUCAUAAACAGUUUGUGGACAUCUACAGGGAGAAUGAGCAUGCCAAGAUGGGAGGAAGUGGAGAUCACAUGGUAGAGUUUUUUGAGAAGGUUACCAUGGAGAUAGAUGAAAACAGGGAAGACGGCACCCUGCUUGAAGCCUUGAAACCGGUGUUUAAUUUAAUCAAAGCAAAAAUUGAUGAGGGAAGCAGUUUUGGAAUAAACAAUACAGCGGCCUUUCAGCACAUGGGCAUUCUGUAUUUUUUUACCCGGAAGAAAUGUACGGCAGAGGCAUUCAUGACCUACAAUGCCCCUGUGUACUGGGAUAUUGCUCAAGCCUAUGAGAAGACGUUGCUGGGCUCUCUACUGUCAGUGAGCUGUAUCCCUAAAAGCCCUCAGCAGCCCACAGACCUUUUCCCCAACCCCUCCGAGAUGACCAGGCAUGACCAGGUCUUGGUAGAUUCAGGGAUAUGGCAGUCGUUACUGACCCUCACUGAGUGUAUCCAUCGUUUGCUCUUCUCCAUCAUCAAGCUCUCACCAGAUCUCAAACAUCAGGUUCUUACGUGGCUAGGCAGCUGUCUGCAUGCUAACAAAGGUCGAUCUAAAAUGCAUGUCAGUGGGGUUUACUGCACAGACGGCUUCUCUCUAAAUCUCUGUAAUGUCUUACUGAGAUUUUGUCAGCCUUUCUCAGAGCCUAACUCUACCAAACUGCUCAAAAUACAGCCCAGCUAUCUCACUGCUACACCUUCUGAUGAUGAUGAGGCCAGACAGAUGAAUGUCCAUUUAAAGGAUUUAAGCAAAGAAACAUGUCUGAUUUCUUGUGAUGGAAUUCCCAAGCUUGCUCCUGCAGCCACAUACAGCUUCAUCACUGAGUGUUUCUAUAUGGCCCAGUAUAGUAUACAUCAAGGCUUCUACCCUGUACAUAACAAACUGAAGGAGCUAAACAAAGGGAUGCAUGAGUUACAGAGAAUGUACGCCGAGCUGCAGGCAGCCGCUGGUGCCCAGGUUGCCCAGGUCAGGAUGUUGAAGCAGGAGAUGGAAAAGGGCAUGUCCACCUUUCUGAGUAUCAAGGCAGCACUAACAGAGCCGACACUGUUAGACUUGAGUGUGAACUUCCAUGUUGCCUCAGCCACCUGGCUUACCCAUCUAGCUACCACAGACUCUACGUCUGAGUUCAUUCCUGUACGAUUCCCUCUGUCUUCCACUGUGCCCAAUGUACUGGCCUUCAUUCCUGAAAUGUUUGUGGAAAAUCUCAUUGAUUUCAUGUUGUUCCUACAUCGCUUUAAGGACAGUUUGUUUGAGUCAGAACAGAACCAGCUGGAGCACAUGAUGACAUUCAUCCUGGUAUUCAUGGGAAGUCCUGCUCGUAUGCGAAACCCUCAUCAUCGGGCUGAGCUAGCUGAAGUGUUGCGAGCACUAAUGCCCACCUCUUCAGAAGGCUCACCAUUUAGCAAAGGACUCCUCUCAACGUAUAACCGAGAACAGCUGUUCAAGACUCAUCCCCUGGUAGAACAUGUAGCUGAAAUGUUAGUUCGGGUGUUUGUUGCAAUCGAGAUGACUGGACAGAAUGUAGAGUUUGAAAUCAAGUUCCAGUACAGACAACCCAUGUAUGCCGUCCUGGACUACAUCUGGAAGAUAGAUGUCCAUAAGAAAGCUUUCAUUAAACUGGCAAAAGAAGCUGAGGAGAAUAUUGAGGCGACUGAUGCACCUCUGUUUCUGCGCUUCAUCAACCUGCUGAUUAAUGAUGCUACAUUUCUGCUGGAUGAGGCCCUUCAGUACAUGAGCGAGUUAAAGGUGAAGCAGCAAGAGAAGGAGAGUGGAGCCUGGUCUCAGCUGUCUCAGGAAGAGCAGGCUGCAGCCUACAGUAGCUUUCGCACCACCACAAGACUCGCCCACGUGUAUAACAUCAUGUCCAACAGCACCAUCCACACACUUACCUUCCUGACAGAGGACAUCCGCUCCAUCUUCACUCACAGCGUCAUGCGGGAACGUGUGGCCAGCAUGCUGAACUUCUUCCUUUUACAUCUGGUUGGCCCAAAGCAGAAGAACUUUGCUGUGAAGGACAAGAAUGAGUACGAGUUCAAGCCUCAUCAGAUAGUCUCUGACAUCACACAGAUGUACAUAAACCUGGGUGAGAAUGAUGACUUUUGUGCGGCUGUCUCUGCUGAUGGACGAUCAUUCUCCCCUGACCUUUUCCCAAAGGCCGUCAUUGUCUUACAGAAAAUUGGCCGACCUCCAGAGAUUAUUGGUGACUUCCUGGCCCUAGAGGAGAAAAUCAAUGCUCUGAGUGAGAAGCAGCAGGAAGAGGAGGAUCUGGUUGCCCACGCCCCAGAGGAGUUCCUUGACCCCAUCAUGGGCACACUAAUGAAGGACCCUGUCUCCCUGCCCACUUCCAAACAGAUUGUGGACCGCUCUGUUAUAGCCAGACACAUCCUUAGUGACCAGACAGACCCAUUCAACAGACAGCCUUUGACAAUGGAUAUGGUCAUCCCAGAGACAGAGCUUAAGGAAAGAAUACUGUCGUGGGUUGAGAGUAAGGGCAAGUCUACAUGAGAAUAGUUCCGACAUCUGUAUGGAAAGAGUUGUUGUCCAGGAUUACUGGUCAGGGAUAAUAACAAGUUGAGGAUCGAAGAUAAGCUGUGUUUAUGUGCAAACAGAAGGUCCAGGUCACGGGGAAAUGACAACACUCAGCCCAAUAUUAUAGAUUAGCACAUCAAUAUACUCUAAGAAUUUUGGAAUUCAUUAAUUUUCCAUCAUUCCAUCAUAAUUUUCCGUCAGAUAAGAAGGACCUAAGGAGGUGAAAAAGUAACCUGAUAAAAUGAGAAUGUUGGAAGAGGUGGAAAAGGUAAAGGAGAAAUCUACUCAUGGCUCUGAGUUUAAAAGUUAGAUGCUCGAUUUAAUUGACUAGUCAUAUAAAGCAAUUAUAGGGGCAUGAUAUUUGUGAAGAACGCAGUGCCAUUUGGAUCAUUUUGACUUAGUCUUGUGUUUUCGUUAGUGUGUUUCAUUGAAAGCAUUGUGUUAAUGGCAGAAAGGUGCGGCUUAACAUUGUAUUAUGAAACAUAUAUGUUCAUUUUUUUAAAUAAAAUUCGCCAGUCUUUUGUCCCUAUAUUACUGGCUAUAUUUGAUGGCAAAUGGUCAAAGUUGGGCUCUGAGAGCUGAUCCAUGGUACUUUAGAUUUACAGAGAUUCUGGAUCUAGCCACAUAUAAGUGGCCCCUAAUACAUGUAAGUGGCCCCUAGCUACAUGUACAUGUAAGUGGCCCCUAGCUACAUGUAGGUGGCUCCUUAACCAUUGCCUACAUUUGCAGAGAUAUUGUGGAGAAAAUCAAAGGACAGCCAUAAAUACAGUUUCUUACCAUGAUACAGGUAGUUAUAUGUAAAUGAGGCUGUGAUUGAAGUUACCCAUAAAUCUGGCAGCUCUUGUAUCAGUGAAAAACUCUUUCAAAAUGUGUUGAGCACCCAGUUAGGUAAUAAAUAAGUCGAUUGGAAUCCUGUUCUGUAUAUGAGAUGUACAUUCUGAGGACUUUCUCCUGGUUGAAGAGAAACCCUGUAUAGUCACAGCUGGUUUGUGAUGUGCAUCUCAGAUGUGCAUCGUGAUAGGACUCUUGUAUUCAUAUAAAUGUCUAUUGACUGGGAUGACACCACAGCAUUUUGAGGAAUUCUAAACCAGUGGCAUCGUCAAAUUCACAUGCAGAAUAGCGAGUUUGUACUAUCCUCACACAGAGCAUUACAAACUGUUUUCACCUAUAAUGUCCUCUAUGCUCUGUUUUCUCACUGAUUUGUUAACAGAGUGGACUUGAGGAACCUGACAACUGGGACAGACCAGUGCAUCUUUAUUAAUAAUCCAUUAUCAGUUAAUACACUUUUUCUCUGACUAAGAUAUUUCUUUUUCUCUGAUCUAAGAUUGAGGUCUGCUCCACAUUCAUCAAAGUUCAAAUAACUUGAAGGAGUUCACAAGUACAGUUCUGUGAACAGUAUACAUGUAACAACAUGCAGCUUCUAGUACAUGUAUUUCAGAAUCCAGCUGAGUAUGAGGAUGUGCGUCACAAGUUGUGUGGAGAGACCAGGAGGGAAUUCAUCUUCUGUUGCUGACUGUGCACUCAAAUUAAUCAGGCAAAUGUGAGCUGAAAUAAAUGUACAUUAAUAAUGUAGGUACUGGAUCUCUGAUAUGAUUUGUUACAACUGCUGUAAAUGAACAUCAUGUUGCCUUUCAUAUGUGUAAGAUCUGUUGGGUUUCUCAUGAUGCUAGUGUUGGUUUUAAAAUCCUGAUGUAUUCCACUAUUCCCCAUCAGCAGUCAAUACAGUAUGAGAGACCCUUCGCUAGGGUUAAGUCAAUUCAUUUCAGUAGGUCAAUUUACAAUCUGAAUUACCAUACUGCACAAAAAAUGCCAGCAAUUCCCAGUCCUGUGUAAUAAUAAUUAGAUGUGAUUUCAUCUAUGAAUACAUUGUCCUUUUUAAAGCUAUGAGCACACAAUUAUGUGAACAUCGACAAAAGCCUGUGGCAGCAGCAAAGCAAGAAUAUUGUGUUUUUAUUGGACGAUAUUGAUGUUCUUGUGAUGAUCAGACAAUGUUGAGCACGUUGGGUAUUGUUUAUAAUGUCCUUGAUUCUCAUCUCAGCAUCAGGCUACAUCUGGUAUCAGGAUAUACUUCCAUUUAAAUUAUGUUGAUGAGAGGUUGAACAAUGAUGAUUAAAACAAAGUUAUACCUUACCCCACUUGCUGGGCUUACAAGGGAAUAUUUUUAUCACUACAUGUGUUACAGUCUUAAAGUUGAAUUUGUGUGCAUAUGGUUUAAUAAGAGAAAUGUAUUAAUGGUCUGUGUUCAUUUUAAUGUAUAUUGAAAGAUACGUAUCUGUACAUAUAUACAUAUAAAUGUGUAUAUUUAAUUUUUAACUGUGAUUCUGAUGUACAUUGUAUGUGAUGUUGGUGUGGACUUCUGGAGGUUGCGUAGUUGUGGUCUCUUCAAGUUCUUGAAUAUGCGAUAUGUAUGCAUCAUGGCUUUAGUUUCAAGAAGUUUGACAAGGUACUUGAUAGGGUGAAAAAGAUUUCAAGCAGGUUACCUGAGGAAGUGAUAUUUUUCCUAGUGUUUCAAACCAUUUCCUGCUUUUAACAUGUCAUUGCCACAAUAUGG